CCACUUUUCUGUUGUUUGUCUGCAGGGUUUCUGUUUCUCCCCGGCGGGCUCAUGCUCCAGGUUUAGGGUGGGGGGGCGUUCCCCCAUUCUGCCAUGAAAGCCUUCACCCCCCAGCGCACCCGUCACCUGUCCGACUGCGAGCCGCCUCGCUCUCCCGCUCACCUGGGCUCUGUGUACCCGCCAUCCCACACGCCAUACCUCUUACCGUCAGCAAUGGAUCAUUACGGAGCGCUUGACCCUCACCAUUUCUCCCCGGCCCCGGGACCCGGAGGCCUGCCGCCCGACUGCUUGAUGCCCCUCAACAACCAGCUGUCCUCUAGCAGCACCUUCCCCAGGAUCCACUACAACUCACACUUUGACCAGGGUGAGUUCGGGCCCUCGGGAGCCGACAGCAUCGGAGGAAUCAGCACUGGCACCAUGGGCACCUCUAUGUCCAUGGGAAUGGGUCUCGGAGUGGGACGGACCGCCAUGAUCACCAGCGGAUCCGCAACUAUAUCUGGGGCAGGAAAGAUGAACCGGUUGCCACCGAAUCUCCUGGACCAGUUUGAGAAGCAGUUGCCAGGCCAGCAGGACGGAUUCAGCACGUUACAGUUUCACCGCAGCACCGCAGUCACAACGACGAAACAGCAGCAACAACAGCGCACAGACAGCCCGGGGAAAAUCCGCUACUUAGUUCACUCCGUCCAGAAACUUUUUGCUAAAUCCCAGUCUCUUGAAAACUCCGCCAUCAAAGCAAACAUGAACGGUCGCAACAGCAGAUCAUCAAGCAGCGAUGACAAACAUCACAGGAGCAAAAGCAAAGAUCGAGCGAAGAGCGAAGGAACGGCCAAGAGAAGGCCCAGAUCUAAUAUGUCUGGAUACUGGAGUUCUGACGACUUAGAUAGUGAUGUAAGUAACUAUAGAAACCCCAUGGCCAUGAUGACUUUAGGUCGGCAAGGUGUGGGAUCUGGACCAGGUCCGGAUAGUCAGGUGGCGUCUAGAUAUUACAUGCAGGGCUACAGCACUAUUAGCGAGCACACGUUGAAAUCCUCAAAGAGUAACAGUGACCUGAAGCACCAGCCGCUCCCUGCACUCCCGGCUCCUGGAGGAAUCGGAGGAGGGAGAGCGCAGAUGUUCGAUGGGAACUUUAGUAAAGCGGGACCCUGGUCCACGCUUACUUUAGGACCCACUAGACAAGUGUGCCAGAAGGGGUCGGCCACGCUGGAUCGCACCCUGCUGAAGUCUAAAUCCGUCCAGCAGGAUCUGGGCUGCCACUUUCUGCAGGUGCGAGGAAGGAUGCCGUCCACCGGUGAGUGGUCAGGGACUCUGGGCAGAAGUGGUCCAAUGGGUGAGAUCCCCUGUAGACGGAUGCGGAGCGGAAGUUAUGUGAAGGCCAUGGCAGACCUGGAGGAUAGUGAAGAUUCUGACGGGAGUCCCAAACCCUCACCCAAAAGCGCAGCGCGGAGGCAGAGCUACCUACGCGCAACACAGCAAUCACUAAGUGACCAGUUCCCCUCAAGAAACUGUCUUCCGUCUCUGCGAGAGUUUUCUGGGAACCGCAGUCUGGAUAAUCUGGACUGCAUUGGAGGAGGAUCUCCAUUCCCCAACUGGGAUGAUGAUGACUUCAGUCAGGGCUGCAGUACACUGGGCCGAGGCAGCUGCAUCAGUCAGAUGCGAGACAUGGAGAUGAGCCAGCAUUAUGCAGAUGAGCUGGAAGACAUCCAUCCUCACCCCCGAUGCUCGGAUCCGCCUGACGUCCCCAUGCCAACAUGCUUCCGCUCCCGUAGCCAUAGUUACCUUCGUGCCAUCCAAGCAGGAUGUUCCCAAGACGACGACACAGCGUCAAUGGACUCUGAUUCACCGCCUCCCACAACCACAACAACCGUCCGCACCUACAGCAACAGCACCGUCUCCACAUGUAUGACCACCUGUAAGAAGAUCGCUCCUCCUCCAGUUCCUCCCAGAACCACAUCCAAGCCGUUCAUCUCUGUGACGGUGCAGAGCAGCACAGAGUCUGCGCAGGAUUGCUAUCCGGACCGCAAGAGCGACGGCAACAGCCAAUCAGGACGCAGCAACUCCUCUGAUAGCCUGGACAGUACGCGAGCCAACAGUUUAGCCAAAGGGACGCGUCCGCAGAUCCCCGUAGCGGCGCCGCGAGAGCCGCAGAUUCCAGCGGCGGUGGUCAUUUCUCCAAACGCUCUCAGAGAAACACACAAUGAGCCGCUGAAGGGGGAAACACUCGCUGCGGACGAACCCCCGCUCGAACCCGUGCCCCGACGCAAACUCUCCUCCAUCGGGAUUCAGGUGGACUGUAUUCAGGAAAUCCAGGCUAAAGUGGAGACUCCUCCGCCAUUGGCCAGAUUCCAGUCUAUCGGGGUUCAAGUGGAGGACGGCUGGACUUUCAGCCGCUCCAGUAGUAUGGCCUCUCGGCAGGAGACGGACUCCGACACGCAGGAUCUGUCGCUGACGUCGCUCACGUUCCAGAGCGGCUCCAAAAGCGCCGAGCAGAAGGUGAUGGUGAGCUGCGGCAGUCAGGCGGUGGACUCUCCUCCACCUCCUCCUCCUCCUCAGGACAGUGACCCGCCGGUGAGCAGCAGCGGACCCUCACGGCAGAUCCUCACCCACCGCUCCACCACACAGAGCAGCUCGUCCUCCUUCUCUGAGAGCCUGGACCCGGCGCUGGACCCGUCAGCUCUGCCGCCGCCCGACCCCUGGCUGGAGAGCGGGAACGGGACGGGGAACGGCUGCUCCAAUCAGCCCCUGAGCUCCGGCACCGCCUGCAGACGGGAUGGACACUGGUUCCUGAAGCUGCUGCAGGCCGAGACGGGACGCAUGGAGGGCUGGUGCUGUCAGAUGGAGAAGGAGACCACAGAACACCAGCUCUCAGAGGAGGUGUUGGGGAAGGUGCGCAGUGCGGUGGGCAGCGCUCAGCUCCUCAUGAACCAGAAGUUCCAGCAGUUCAGAGGCCUGUGUGAACAAAACCUGAAUGUGAACGCAAACCCGAGGCCCACGGCUCAAGAUCUGGCAGGGUUUUGGGACCUCCUGCAGCUCUCGAUAGAAGAUAUCAGCCUCAAGUUUGAUGAGCUUUAUCAUCUCAAAUCAAACGACUGGAAGCUCAACGGAGAAUCACCUGAGAAACAGGAGAACCAGAAACAGGCUCCUCCGGUGCCCAAGAAACCCGGAAAAAGCAAACCAACCCUGGGCCGCGAAAAAAGCACAGAGUCGGUGGACAAACAGAGACAGGAGGCUCGAAAAAGGCUGAUGGCAGCCAAAAGAGCGCAGUCUGUAAAGCAGAACUCAGCCACCGAGAGCGCAGACAGCAUCGAAAUCUACGUCCCUGAAGCCCAGACGCGACUCUGAGGAAAAAACAGAGACCGCCAACCACUGCUCAAGGGCUCCGGCAUCACACACACACACUAAAACACACACGGAGGCUGCUUUUGUCUUCAGACGGCGACGUUUAUUUCAACAGGUGAGAAGGAAACUGAACUGCCAAGGAAAACCUCACUUAAUAGUUGCAAUCGCUAUUAUUGAUAUGAUUAUUAACUGAUAUUAAUAAUGAUUAUCGUCAUAAAAUCCUAUAUCAGAUUGUUUUAAAUGUCUAUUAUUUUGGAUAAGAACUCUUGUAGGGAAAAAACCCUCUUCUUUCGGCCCACCGCUUGAGUCUGGAAUCAACGUCUUCCCAUUUUGGAUUCAUUUUUUCAUCCUUUAAAUUAUCUUUGGCUUUUCCUCCGGACACUCCAGUGUUUUUCAGAUCCAGCAGGUGGCGCUCUUCCGUUUCUCUUAUUGCUUUUGUGGAUGAAAGUGCAGUCGUGUCUCCAUCUCAGGUCCUGAAGUCAAGCUUUUCAAUCCCAGUGUUCCCUUUGCUCACGAACCAACCUGAUGUUUUAUCAAAUGAAGUGCCUGUCGAUCAUUAUUGUGGGUGAUUAUUAUAUGAGCCCUGUAGCAAUAUGGAAGAUGAUUAUAUCACAGUAUAUUCACUGUUUAGCACUCCUUUGUGUUGCAUUUCGUCGUUCUGACUCCCACUCGAUAUGCACAAACACGUAGCUCAUAUCAUCACUGACAUAUUUGUCCUGUAGUUUCAAAUUUAGUUAUGAAUUUGGGUGAAGAAUGUCACGUUUGACUAGUUUUGCGUAACAAAAAAUAUGUUUUGGCAAUUUAUUUAUAGUACAACAGUGUUUUUGGGAGCAAAAACUUGUCUACUUUCAGUACAUUUUUGUCACAUUCAUACAUUCAGAGAACUACAAACACACUUUUGGCAUCCUAAUGAAAAUGUGAGGUGUAAGACAUUUAAUGGCAUCAAAGGUGUGAUCCGGCUUGCUGUAAAUGCCUAAAGUCAUUUUUUAUAUAGGUUUCAUAAAGCUAAAAGGCACAUUUCAUCUAAAAAUGAACAUUCUUACUCAUAAAUCAGGAAAUCUUAAGUCCAUUCCAUAUCGGAAAACUAAAAAUAGGCAAAAAAAAAAAAAAAUCAGCACCACAGCGCCCUCUAGUGGAUUUGUCAUCUGAAACGUACAGCAAAACCUAGGGUUAGUAAUGUAUUUCAGAUUUGCAAUAAAGCAGACAGCGCCAUCCAGUGUAUUUGUCAUCUGCAACAUGCAACUAAAUUUAUUUUGAAUAAAUCCUACUCAACAAUGCUUCAGAAUAUACUUCUACUGAAGAAAUAUACUUGGGAAAUCAUUUAAUUAUGAUCUAUAUCAAAAAAGACAUUAUAUUUUAGUCAGAAAUGUACAUUUUUCUAAAUUCUUUGACGAAUAAAGGAACACCAAAUCAGCACCACAGCGCCCUCUAGUGGAUUUGUCAUCCGAAACGUACAGCAAAACCUACGCUAAGCAAUGUAUUUCAGAUUUGCAAUAAUGCAGACAGCGCCCUCUAGUGGAUUUGUCAUUUUAAACGUAACAAAAUUUAAUUUGAAUUAAUGCUACUCAACAAUGCUUCAGAAUAUACUUCAACUGAAUAAAUAUACUUCAGAAAUCAUUCAAUUAUGAUUGAUAUAUAAAAGGGCUUCAUGUUUUUUUUUCAGAAUUAUACAUUUUUUUUUUAAAUUUUUAAAAUUCUUUGACGAAUAAAGGAGCACCAAAUCAGCACCACAGCGCCCUCUAGUGGAUUUAUCAUUUGAAUCGUACAGCAAAACCUAGGCUUAGUGAUGUAUUUCAGAUUUGCAAUAAUGCAGACAGCGCCCUCUCGUGGAUUUGUCAUUUUAAACAUAACGAAAUUUAAUUUGAAUUAAUGCUACUCAACAAUGUUUCAGAAUAUACUUCAACUGAAUAAAUAUACUUGAGAAAUCCUUCAAUUAUGAUCGAUAUAUAAAAGGGCUUCAUGUUUUUUAAUAAGGAUAAAGGAAUAAAGGAACACCAAAUUAACACCACAGCGUCCUCUAGUGUAUUUUUCAUCUGAAACAUGCAACUAAAUUUAAUUUGAAUAAAUCCUACUCAACAAUGCUUCAGAAUAUACUUAUACUGAAGAAAUAUACUUGAGAAAUCAUUAAAUUAUGAUCUAUAUUAAAGAGACAUUAUAUUCUUGUCGGAAUUAUACAUUUUUCUAAAUUCUUUGACGAAUAAAGGAACACCAAAUCAGCACCAUAGCGCCCUCUAGUGGAUUUAUCAUCUGAAACAUUACAAAACUUACGCUAAGUGAUGUGUUUUAGAUUUGCGAUAAUGCAGACAGUGCCCUCUAGUGGAUUUGUCAUCUAAAACAUACAACAAAACCUACGAAAAUUAAUGUAUUUUAAUAUUUGCAAUAAUGUAGACAGCGCCCUCUAGUGAAUUUGUCAUAUUAAACAUGCAACGAAAAUUAUUUAGAAUUAAUUAUUCUCUUGUGAAUUACUCAACAAUCCUUCAGAAUAUACUUCAACUGAAGAAAUUACUUCAGAAAUCAUUACUGUAAGAUGAUUUGCAAUUAAAAAUGGCUUCAUAUUUUUGUCGUAAUUAAAUUUUUUAAAUGUAUUGAUGAAUUAUGAGUUCAAAAGAACAGCAUUUAUCUGUUGCAGAAAUUCAAAUGACUCCCUUUUGAAGAAUUGAAUGCAUCCAUGUGGAAUUAAAAGUAUCAACUACUUUACAAAACAUCAAAUCUUACUGACCUCAGACUUGUGAAGGAUUAUUUAAAUUGACUGUAUUGUUCUGAGCUUCUGGUGUGAAUUGCACUUUUCAGUUUUCAGCGGUUCACUCAUUCUCAAGCCGUUGACGCCUGUAAACGUCUGACAGUCUCAUAUUUAUCUGACAGCACACCACACACACUAAACAAUGAGUCGGGAUGAUGAGCUUGAAUACCUGAAUGCUCAUAUCCUGUGUUUAGCAAACCCAAAAUCAGGUUAGAUGGACUGUUAAUGCUUAACAAAAACUGUCAUUGCAGUUUUUGAAACAAUCACAAUUAAAUCAGCACAAAGAUACUAAUAUGAAGGAGAGAGUAGAAGUACUGUAUAUUUUAUUGCAUUUUUACAAAGAAAGGAAACAGUUUAUGUAGAAAUUUACACUAUUUUUGGGAGGAAAACAGACAGCGUUUGCUUUAAAAACCACUGACCGCUCUGAUGCGGCACCCAGGGCUUUGUGUUGGGUCCGUUUAUGUUCAUGCUGCUGGGAUAAACUAGAUAAUCUGUGUUCUUGCUAUUUAAUCAAUUUAUAGUUUUAAAAAACACUUGAAUGGAAACACAUAAUGGACCUUAAACACUCAAAAGUAAACAUUGAUCUUAAAUCAAUCUUAAAAUAAGGAAUAUCGAUGCAUUGCAAAGUAAAAAUGAACAGCUUAUUUUGUUUGACUAGAUGAAAUAGACCUUUAUGUAACUUUUGAUCAGGGAUGUGAAAUUAAAUUCAGUUUAACACGCAUUCAAUAUCCACACUAAUGUAAAUCAUAAGUCACCUUGUCCAGUUAUAUUAAUAUUGCUCCAGUUUAGUUUAUUUCAGUCCUUUUUUAUUUGUAUUUAAACUUAUUUUUAUUGCAUUGCAUUGCAGUAAUUUUGUUGGAGAAACUUAUUGUUUAAAGAAAAUACAAAGUAAUGAGAAUCAAAUAUGAAACAUGAGACCAAAAAACUCAAGUUACAGUUGGAAAAUAAACUCUCAAGCACAAAACUGUGAAUUAUUUUGUGGAAAACAGACAAUGUUUGCUUCAAAAACCACUAAGCGUUCUGAUGUGGCACCCAGGGCUUUGUGUUGGGCCCGUUUAUGUUCAUAGAUAAACUGUUUUCUUGGUAUUUAAUAAAGUUAUGGUGUUUAAAGAAAUGUGUAAAUGAAAAUGUAAACAAUAAUGGAACCCAUAAAAACACUCAAAAGUAAACAUUCAGUAAAGCAAAUUCUAAAUAAUUCUCUUAAUUAAUCUUAAAACAAGGAAUUGUAAUGCAUUGCAACAUAAAAAUGAACAGCCUACUUUAUUUGACUAGAUAAAAUAGACUUUUGUGUAACUUUUAAUCAGGGAUGUGAGAUUAAAUUCAGUUUAACACAUGAUUUAUUUUAGUCUGGAUAUCAAAUGUAAGUCGUCAUGUCCACUUGCAUUAAAAUUGCUCCAUUUUUGGUUUAUUUCAGUCCUUUUCAUAUAUGCUUUAAAAAUUAUUUUAAUUGCAUUGCAGUAAUUUUGUUGACGAACAAAUUUUGUUGCUUCAAAAACCACUGACCGCUCUGAUGCGGCACCCAGGGCUUUGUGUUGGGCCCGUUUAUGUUCACGCUGCUUAGGUAAACUAGAUAAACUGUGUUUUUGGUAUUUAAUAAAUUUACAGUUUAAAAAGGUAAACCAUAAUGGACCUUGUAAAAGUAAACAUUCAGUAAAGCGAACUCAAAAUAAUUCUCUUUAAUUGAUCUUAAAUCAAUCUUUAAAUAAGGAAUGUCGAUGCAUUGCAAAGUAAAAAUGAACAGCUUAUUUUGUUUGACUAGAUAAAAUAGACCUUUAUGUAACUUUUGAUCAGGGAUGUGAAAUUAAAUUCAGUUUAACACGCAUUCAAUAUCCAGACUAAUGUAAAUCAUAAGUCACCAUGUCCAGUUAUAUUAAUAUUGCUCCAGUUUGGUUUAUUUCAGUCCUUUUUUAUUUGUAUUUUAACUUAUUUUUAUUGCAUUGCAUUGCAGUAAUUUUGUUGGAGAAACUUAAUGUGUAAAGAAAAUACAGAUUAAUGAGAAUCAAAUAACCUUGAGACCAAGUUACUAUAAAACAGUUGGAAAAUAAACUCUCAAGCACACAACUGUAGAUUAUUUUGUGGGAAACAGACAAUGUUUGCUUCAAACACCACUGAGCGCUCUGAUGUGGCACCCAGGGCUUUGUGUUGGGCCCGUUUAUGUUCAUAGAUAAACUGUUUUCUUGGUAUUUAAUAAAGUUAUGGUGUUUAAAAAAACACUUGAAUAAAAAUGUAAUAAUAAUGGAACCUAUAAAAACACUCAAAAGUAAACAUUCAGUAAAGCAAAUUCUAAAUAAUUCAGUUUAACACACAUUCGAUAUCCACACUAAAGCAAAUCAGAAGUGGUCAUGUCCAGGUAUAUUAAUAUUGCUCCAGUUUUGGUUAUUUCAGUCCUUUUUAUAUGUACUUUUACUUUGUUUUAUUGCAUUGCAGUAAUUUAGUUUUUAAAGAAACACUGAUUAAUGAGAAUCAAAUAUGAAAAAUGAGACCAAAAAAAAUCUAAUUUCAAUCAAACAGAUGGAAAAUAAUCUCUCAAGCUCAUAAACACAACUACGGACAAAUCAGCCGACAUCUGCAGACAUAUGCAUUCAUCAGAUUUAUUUAUUGAUUUUAAUUUUCAUCAUGAUGUGAUCAUCUACACUUCCUGGGACAGUCUUUUUCCUGAUGUGUUUCACUGUCCAGUGACUGAUGUGAGAUCUCUGAUGUGUGAUUUCUGAUGCUGUAUGCUCACAAGUUUGUACUCCAUCAUGUUUGUGGGCUUCCCUGAGGAUGACAACAACACAAAACACAGAUUUUUUUUGUGGAGAACGGACCGCGUUUGCUUCAAAAAUCAUCCACCGCUCUCAUGCGGCACGCAGGGCUUUGUGUUGGGCCCGUCUCUGUUCAUGCUGCUCGGAUAAACUACAGUUUUCUACACGGAAAAAUACGGCAGCGCUCGGGAUAUGAUCUCUGAUAAACCCGACAACACACAAUCUUUCUUCUGCUGUGUUUUGCUGGAGUUUUUUGGGGUCGUCAGAGAAUAAAUCAUCUAAAUGCAAGAGUUUGUAGCAACAAGAAUUAAGAUUAUUAUUGUUAUUAUAAAGAUUGAUAAUCGAUAUUUUAUGAAACAAGCACAUAUUUUAAUGACUAGGAUUUGUUCAAUAUGUCUAAUGCUAUAUGAAGUUUAGGCUGUGUAUGUCAGGGUCUUUUGUUUAGUAAGAAAUACAGUAAAUACGAGUUAAGUUAAAA